AUGGACGCAACAGCAAUGGGAUUCACAGGCACAACCUCCGGGUCCGAUAUUCAUUCCGCCCUGGGCUCGACCCUGGCCGCAAACUCUACUUCGUCCCUCGGCUCGCUCACUGACUACUCGACAUACCCUCUGAUGCGGCAGGGCGACCGCACCUAUUUCCGCGACCCCGAGAACAACUACCCUCUGCCUUGCGACCUACCCGAGAUCCACCGCCAAAGCCUGCGCACAGUGAUGCUGCUGCGCGUCCUCGGCGGCCCGUUUUGCAACCCUUACCUAGCCAAUCGCCCGCCCAAGCGCAUCCUGGAGAUCGCAUGCGGAUCCGGACUGUGGUCUGGUCUGUGCCACGAAUACUUCGCCCGCAGGGGCCAUCCCGAUGUUGCCUUCGCGGGGAUUGAUGUCAUUUCCAUUGCGCCGGACAUGCGCAAACAGGGGAUGAAUUGGCAGUUCAAACGACAUGACCUACGACGACCCCGCUUACCCUUCCCCGACGACUAUUUUGACUUUGUGUUUAUAAAGGAUGCGGGCAUGUGUCCGUCCAGCCCGGCGCAAUCCGCAUCGGGCUUGAGUGAGCCUCUGCGCGUGCUGAAGUCGGGGGGAAUCCUAGAAGUAUGGGAUUCAGAUUGGAGCUUCCGCUCGUUGCUACCCAAUCCGGCACCAGCCCGCAAAACUACCUCCAAAGAACAGGAGAUUGCUGACACAACGGCGACAUAUACAUUCUCCUCGGCCACACCAUUCACGCGAGCGCAGAACAAAUUCUUGGUGGAUUAUAACUCUUGGGUGGAGAAGUCCUUCGACCGCCUCAAGUUGACAGCGCUUCCGUGCGCAACCAUCGGUCUAUCAUUCAAUUCAGAAGUGGAUACAUUGGAAAAUGUCGACAGUCGCCGUGUCGCAAUCCCACUAGGCGACCUACGCUGGGAGCGAGACGGCCAAAGCAAGGAUUCCAACGGCCGUCCGCGCAAGACCCUGACCCCCGAGCAGUCCUCCAUCCGGCGCACGGCUCUUCUCACCAUAAUCCAGAUGAUUGAAGGGUUGGAGCCAAUACUGAUGGAGACAAGCGGGAAAGGCCGCGAUGAAUGGGACCGAUGGUGGGCUGCAAUGACAGCAGACCUGCUGCAGAAAGGCGGACUUACCAGCGGCGAGUGCCUUGAAGUGAGUGCCUGGUGGGGUCGAAAAAAAUGA